CUCAGGCGCAACUUCGACGCUCCCACGGUACUGUCGCAAAGCCCUCAACACGUCCACCUGCCCGUCAUCCUCCGUCGCACUUUUCUCACCCCCGAUCACGAGACACGCUCUACUGGCAUCGAUUGACGCGCGACAAAAUGUUGACCACCGGACGCGGCAGCAUUGCCCAGAUACACUACACGGGCGAGGAAGCUGCGGGUGAGAUCAACAAGCUUCUCAGCGCGGUCGUAGAGAACGAAGACGACUUUGAGAGAUGGGAAGCGCUCGUCACUCGCGCCUCUGACCUCGAGGGCGGCGUCACCCGCAACUCCAGCCCAUCCGCCAUCGAACUCGUGCGCAACGUGUACGACUGCUUCCUGACCAAGUUCCCGCUCUUCUUCGGAUACUGGAAGAAGUAUGCCGACCUCGAGUUCUCCAUUGGCGGCACUGAGACGGCUGAGAUGGUCUACGAGCGCGGUGUCUCGUGCAUUACACCCUCAGUAGAUCUGUGGGCCAACUACUGCACCUUCAAGAUGGACACAUCGCACGACAACGACAUCAUCCGAGAUCUGUUCGAACGCGGUGCCCAUUUCGUUGGUCUCGACUUCCAGAGCCACCCAUUCUGGGACAAAUACAUCGAGUUCGAAGAGCGCAUUGGGGAGCCAACCAAUGUCACCAAGAUUUACAGCCGCGUCCUACACCUGCCCAUCUACCAAUUCGCCCGAUACUUCGAGAAGUUCUCCGUCCUGCUCAACAGCCGACCCGUCGAUGAGCUAGUCGACCCCGAUACCCUCGAGGAGAUGAAGAAUGCGAUCCAACUGGAGAACCAAGGACAACCCGAGAAGCCAGCGCUUGAGAUUGAGCGGCAACUGCGCAACAAGAUCCACGAGCACUACUACGCCGCAUACGCAAAGACACAGCAGGAAGUGACCAACCGCUGGACCUUUGAGCAAACCAUCAAACGGGCUUACUUCCACGUCACAGAGCUCGAAGAUGCCGAGCUCGAGAACUGGCGCAAGUACUUAGAGUACGAGGAGAAGCAGGGUAACUUUGAGCGUACGUCUUUCCUGUACGAGCGCUGCCUCGUUGCUUGCGCGCUCUACGACGAGUUCUGGCUGCGUUACGCCCGCUGGAUGUUCUCGCAGGGCAAAGACUAUGCAGAGAACACGAGGAUAAUCUACAUGAGGGCGAGUUGUAUAUUCGUACCAAUCUCGGCUCCUGAAGUACGCCUGAACUGGGCACGAUUUGAGGAGAAGCUCGGCCGUACUUCUGUCGCACGCGAUAUCUACUUGGCCAUACUCGACGAAGCCCCUGAAAACACUGAGACUCUCAUUGCUCUAGCAGGAGUAGAGCGACGCCACGAAGGCAACGAUGCGGCCGUCCGCCUUCUAGAAGAGCACAUCGGUCGCUCAAACAACUAUAUCGGUGGCAUACUAGCUGCUGAGCAGGCACGCAUACUCUGGCAAUGCAAGGGCAGCGUCGACGCGGCCCGCCAAGUGUUCAAGGACAAACAUGAGCGAUUCCUGGACUCGCGCGAGUUCUGGGUCAAAUAUCUUGAAUUCGAGAUCGCACAACCCUCACCUGAUCAGGAAGAGGGCCAUUCCCGCAUAAAGGCAGUGCACGAGCUGAUGCGCACUAAAGGACGCUUCUCCACAGACGUCUCAAAGGAACUCUCCCACUACUACAUGACUUAUUUGCUGGAUCGUGGUGGCAAGGACGCAGCCGAGGAGUACAUGCAGCUGGAUAAGGAUGUCAAUGGUGCGAAACAGAUCGAAGACGCCGCCACUGCUCCUCCUGUGCCUCAAAAGCCUGGUCACCGAAGCCGCUUCUAGGAGUGCGAUAGUAACUUGACGAGGUGUGACCAUCCCCAUCUACCCGAGCUUUUCAUAUUCGAAUACUGCGCCCCAAGUAAUGUCUGGUCAGCUAUCCAUGAGUCGCGUCGAGGCAAAAAGUCUUGAUGCGAUUCCGAUAUCCGAACCAACCGCCUUCUGAUGAGCAGGUUCCAAGCCAUGGGUAGACCCGUACAAUCUGUCUCAUCUCAUAGGUAAACCAUCCUGUCCUUUUCCUUCUAAUUCUGCUGUUUGCACUGUAAAAUUCCUGGCGUUAUUUCUUCGUUCCAUGCGACAUCGAUGUCAUGAGAGGACGUGCCCGCAAGAGACCUUGUCUUAGCUUGGGUAACGUCAGGUCGAUAGCCGGUCGUGUCGA